ACUAUACAAACAAGCAAUUAAUCUUAUCUGUAACAAUAACAAUAAUUUAUUAAUAAUUUAUUUUAAAUAUAAAUAAAAAAGUUAUCCGUUUCUAACAUGGAUAAAAAGCGUUCGACCUACACUUCAUCCGCACCCAAAGCUCAAGCUAAGAACAAAGCAAAAGACCCCCCAAAAAAGGCUAAAGGUGACUGCGCAGAUUCUGCCAGUUCUUCACACACACAGAUUUUCAGACGGAAGAUGUUUGAAGAUACGUAUACAAGAAUAACCACCGACGAAUACUUGGGUAUCCCGGAAUCAAUUUCGGGAAGUUCUGACACAUAUCAAUGUGUACACGGCCCCGAAGGGAAACAGUACACUGAAAAGACCAAGCUCAGAAGAAACUUAAUAAAGGAGUUGGACCCAAUACCUACAGAUAGUAAGUGGGGCGAAGGAUGCCCGCUGUACGGAUGGGAGUUGGCAGCCAUUUUGGAGUUCCUGGUGAAGGAUCCCGUGGGUCACCAGAAUACUGAGAGGCUGGAAGCUCACCUACGUGAUUUUGCCGUAUUGGCUCGCUUCGGAUAUAAAAUCGAAGUUCUGAACAGUCUUACCACGGUACUGGAUUAUUUGGUGGAGAACUUGAAGAAGAAGCCCAGCCUGAAAGAAUUGUUGGUUCUGCUCUUGCGCAAUAUGAACAAACCGAUUUUGUUGACAGUCGCGUCCGAUGUUAUUACUCAACUAGAAGCUGUUAGGAAUUAUAUCGGAUUUUUAGGGUAUCUUCUUCUACGAGUGGAAGAAGAUGAUCUGUUCAAGCUGGUGUCGCGAGGGAUCCUCUGGCAGUUAUCAGCUACGGACGAAGCACGCGGGUCGGGAACCUUGCGAAGACGACAUGUACUAACCACCGGCGGGACCCACCUCCUCAUCACCACCGUCCGAAUGCUCGCUCUUGCCACACCAGAGCGCUUCCCAACUUUCCAACAGAUUGCCUUGCUGCUGGCGUGCCACUCAACCAAUUUCUGUAUCGAGCUGAUGAGGGAAAAUAUUAUUGAAUCCAUCCUCUACCGCUUCAACCCCUACUUUCCCAUGAAAGAUUUGCCAGAUUAUGAAGAGACACCCUUAGACCCACAGGAUUUCAACGUUAAACUCGGCUCAAGCAGCAUUUAUAUGUCAACAACUUUAUCCUUGCUCUUGAUCUUGCUGAAAACACUAAGGAGUUUUUUUGACGAAAACCCUGCUGUUGCCAGGAAGUUUCCCUGUCCAGAUUAUUACUCUCAAAGGUGUUUCUUAUGGGCGUACCGGUACGAGUGCCGUGCGAGAGGCCGCCGACACGAGAGGUUAACACUGACCGUGAUAGCGCAUGCGCUGCUCAGCUGCUUUGGUGACCGGCUUGAGGCAUUCUGCUCUUUGCUGAUGCCAGAUAUUAUGUCACUAUCAGUGCUUACAGAGGUCCCUCCAAAACAAAUCUGGAUACAGAGUGUAGGUUUCAACACUUCUCAAUUAGAUGUUCAGUUUAAGAAGAUUCUCAUCUACUUCUCCGUCGAUUUGCUUAAAACCUUCCCUUGUAAUCGCUUUAUGGUGGAAUCCCAGUAUUGGCUCCUAGGUCUGAUGUUUUUGCUGGACCCUAACUUGUGUGACCUCAGAGCGCGCUGGUCUCCAGCACUUUUCGUAGACAUUAGUAAAAGCGCACUCCAAGCUUUAGUGUGCACGAUACACCUCAUGCCUUCUAAACUGGUCGCAGAAUAUGAUAUAAUAAGACGAAUAAUGUGGUACAUCGAAUGGUACUCUGAGAACCCGUACGAGCUACCAGUGCUGUACUGGUGCGUGCGGCUGCUGCAUGCGGCCAUCCGUAGCCGAAGCGAACCGACGCGAGCCGACUCUCUGUGCGAUCUGUUCGACACACACGGAAUCAUUAUACUCAUGCAUCUUUGUUACACAUUGCUCGAGCAGCGUUGCCCACCCGUGGAGAAGAGCCAAGUGGUGCUGGCACUGACCGUGCGCCUGCUCACAAGCGCGGUGGAGGCCGACCGGCAGCUCGCCUGCUGCGUCUACCCGCAGCUCCAGUGGCCCGCCUCCGUCAACACGCUGGCGACGAAGAUGCUCGACAUCGCGCUGUACUCCCUCGACAAACACUUACUUCUUAGCGACAGAUGGCUUAUUUCGAUAUUAAACUUCAUUUGGGAAGCAAUCAUAUGGAGGAAGGAAUACAGGGAGAAAUUCGUAAUGAGAAAUGGCGUGUACAAUCUUUUAGAUAUGAUAACAAUGAGCAAGCCCUGCGACUUGGCGCGCAGUGGAGUCGCAGUCGCGCAGCUCGUCACUUGGUGCGCCGGCCUUGGCGCCUCCAAUGCGAAUCCAUGCGUAGUGAAGCGUGGAGCAACGAUUGCGAGCCUGUUGGCGGCGAUGUUCAGAGACGACUGUCUCGCGAGCGGCGUGCGACUCGACCACCGCGGCGUCGUACAGGAUCUGGAUUGUCCUCUUAUGUCGACGGAGGUUCGCAAUGAGUUGAAGAGUCCAGACUUCUGUGAGGCUCCUCGUGGACGACCUUAUUUGUGUUUAGCAGUUGCUGACAUGGCUGGCUCUCGGAUGUCUAAGGCGUUUGCACUUCUACAUAUUCUUUCAGAAGAUUUACAACAUAAAGUGUCAAUAGCAGACGAGGCAUACAAUCUGUACAAGAACAUACAACUGGCACUCGACGAGGAGACAAUUCUCGUCCUCUGCUCACACUACCUGACUCUGAAGCUCAAUGAGACGUGGGCCGAAGCUGAGGUACAAUGUUUCGAUUUACUGAAACAGGACAAAGAGGUUUUAGAAGAGUUCCUUCAAAUUAACGGAGGAUGGGCAAAAGAAGUGAAAAGGCAACAGGAAGAAAUGCUAAAAAAACAUAGUCAAAGGGACGUUUGCGAAGAGAAAUCACUGUACGCAUUGUUAGCUAAAGUGCGUUUAAACAAUGCUCUGGAUGCACUGCGGGAGGUACGUUGCGUUGCGCGCUCGGGCACGUCGCGGUCACAUGACUUGCCGCACCAGGCGCCGCAACGUGUGGCUUUCCCUCACACCCUCAUUCCUACCUAUGAGCCGCCGCUAGACGACCUGAACUUGACCGGCCAGUACGUGAAAGUUCGGAGCAUUCCGCACAGAAGCAAGUCGAAAUCAACCAUUGAUGCCAAAUCUCCCAAUUAA